UCCUAUGUUAUAAAUGAAAGGGAAAAACAUAGCGCGGAAAUAAAAGCGAAAUCCCUCGGGAGAUUUCCUAUACAAGAAGCAGUUAAGCUUGGCCUGCUCUGCCCUGCCCUGCCCUCUUCUUCCUCUCUUCUCUUCUCCAUCCAGGGGAGCACUGCUUCAGGUUCUCCUUCUUCCAGGCGCUUUCCUCACCCCCAAUCGCGGCCGAAAUUCCGGACCUUUUCCAGCGGCAGAACCGUUGAGUGCGGCGGCGGCGACCGCCGACCGAGCCAAGAAUCCAUAGAUUUCCUUCUGGCGAGUUAGACCUUCUCCUAGAGGCGUUUCUUGGGAGCCAUAUUUGGUUCCGGAUCCAUGCUGGCCGACGACAUCUUGGGCUCCCCUUUCCCCGCCUAGUAUCAUUGUCUUCGCGAGGGUUUCUUGGUUCCUCGGAGGUCCUCCAAGUUCUUGCCAAUCUGGGCAAUCUGGCCCCAACCCCGGGGCGCGGCCGUGUUAGGGUUCGGGGGGCUGGAUGGGGUCGGUCGUGGAUUUUGUGGAGAUCAGCUCCGACGAGGAGGACGUUCCCAUGCCCAGGAAGCCAGUUGACGACUGGGUUGGGAAGCUUUUGAAUGAUGAUGGGCCAAAUGGGGACGAUUUCUUUGAUCUCGUGGUGAUGGGUGAGUUCUCGCCGCCACAGAAGAAGGCCAACCCUGGUGGUGGUGAUGAUGAGGAUGACGAUGAUUGUGUGGUUCUAGAUGGUGACCCUGAGAAGGCGAUUACCAUCGGGGAGGACAAGGGGAGUGUGGGAGAUAGCAGCUCCGAUGAAUUGCAGAUAGUCGGGGAGAAAGGACCGGUAGCGUGCAGGGACUUCCCUCAUUCACGCCAUCUAUGUUCUAACUUGCCCUUCAGCGCUACUUCUCACGUGAAGCAUUGUAGCAUGUGUCACUGUUUUGUAUGUGAUGCCCCAGCUCCAUGUAAUUAUUGGGGUAAAGGUAUCCAGCUUAAUGAUCAUUGUCAUGCUACGGAUAAGGAAUCAAAGUGGAAACAGCUGCGGCAAGCAUUCAAGUCUAAAAGUCUUCCAGCAUCUCGUCCAGAACAAUGCCAGAAUGUCAUCUACCCAACAAUGGCACCAUCCAUUAAGAAGGAUAUACAGUGUCAAGUCUCGUCUUUUGCAAACAGAAGUCCUCUUCUGCAUGUUAUGAGCCAAAACCAACAAAGACACACUUCAGUUAGAGUCUCACUGAAUGUAGGACGGACUAUCAGUACACCAAGAGCAUCCCUUGCGACAAAAGCGGGGAGAAGUACAAACAAUGUCCACACUGCUCAAAACAUUCAUUCACGUGGAAACUUCAAAAGAGUAGGGACAGCUUCUCCAGGUCACACAAUCCGAAAUGCUGACCAAUUUGGUUCUAGUGCUCCAAUCAGUACCCCGUCCCUUAUGAACAAUGCAUUGCCACAUGUAUCACAGCCAGUUCAAGCUAUACCAGGAACUAAUACUACCCAUGUAUCUCAGCAAGUUCAACCUAUACAAAGAACCAAUCCUUUCAGUGGUACUGUCAAGAAAAGUGCCCCUCAGAGAUCUCUCAGUGCGCCAAUAGCAUCUCAGGGGCAACAAGGUCAGCUGGCACCAUCUUCACAGGCUGCCUCAAAUGUAGUGCAUGGCGUAGGAUCUCAACUUUCCCGGUGCACCUCGCUUAUGAAUGAGAGCAGACAAUUCCUGCCAGAACCAGUAAUCGAUGUUUCCACACAAAGCUGGCAAGACAUACUUGCUAGUGUGGCAUCGGAUCUGGGAGUAUUAGACGAUUCUGCUUACAAUACCAGUACUUCACGGUCCCAGCAGCCUGUGAGGACUUCCCCCCAACCUCUGGAUGCCGGUGCAAACCAAGGGGAGGAGGGCCUUCACACCAAGUCUGUUGCAUCAGCCGUAAACCUGAUGACUUCUAGUGGGCAUGGCUUGCCCAUUCAUACAACAGGUGGUGGUACCCAGACAAAUGCUCCUAAGCAAACUUUGCAUCCUCUGAAUUAUGGUGGCAAUCUUAGUCCAGAUGAAGCUCAUCUUGAUGGUUUUCUAAGCCCCCCUGCAGAUGAAUUAUUGUUAGAAGCUGCUCAUCAGAGGGACUCUUCCGGAUUGGAUUCUACAGGCCUUAUAUUUGACUUUGAACUCGACGACUGGGCUUAAGCAGCACUCUCAGAGUCAGAGGCUGUCCCGUCUUUAGCAUUUGGUGGGCUUCGUGGACAAUAAAACCGUUUAUGUUACUAGUAGCUGGUCCGUAGGGUUUCCUUGACACGAGAGGUGAAGAUGUUCCUUGUACAGUAAUUAACUAGGUUGUGUGGUGGAGAUAUUUUCUUAGAUGGGUUGGUGUUUAACCUGUCAGUCAUACGGGCCUUUUUUAUUAGGAGGCCUUAGAUGCUAGUAAUCUUUGUCACUGUAAUAGAAGAGCAAAAUUUCCACUACCUAGCUAUUGCUCAUAUUUCUAUGGGCCAUAUACUAUUCUAGCGCCAAAAACGCCUGUUUGUGGUA